CUACGGUUACCACCACCGCAUGCGGCUAAUAAGUCCAAAAGCUGCAAAACAUUUCAGUUCAUUCUUUCUAUCAAAGCAGUGGAGACUCCAAUGAAAAAAAUGCUAAUUGGAUUUUUCUCCUUUGUCCUGGUGUCAUCCGUCAUUGCCAAUGAGAAAGAUGGGACGCUAGCCAAGCUGAACGACAGAAGAGCUGCAGAGGCCUUCAUCGAGUCUGCUGAAGUGGUGAUCAUUGGAUUCCUGGAGGGAGAGGAGAGUCACGGCUACAAAGAACUUCUGGAAGCUGCAAAGCGGGUCGAUUCCGUCCCUGUGGCCACUAGUUUUGAGAAGGAGGUGUGGGCCGACUUUGGCAUCAAAUCAGACACCAUCAGCCUUUUCAGGAAGGCAGAUAACCAUCAAGAGAACCUUGUCGUUGCUGAGGCCAAGAAGCUGGAAACUGACGGUCUUGUCAACUUCAUCAUUGUAAACGAGGUCCGAUACGUGACAGAAUACAGUCAAGUGACAGCCGUGGGCAUCUUCAACUCAGAAGUGAAGACGCACCUCCUGCUCUUUGCCAACAGGGGGAGCAAAGAAUAUACCGAGCUGAAAGAGAAGCUAGUGGCUUUAGCUCCAGAGUUCACAGGCAAGUUCUUAUUCGUGCUCAUCGAUGGAGCCGUCACGUCCAACUCACGGUCACUGGGAUACUUUGGACUCAGACCUAAGGACCUCCCACGUGUCGGCAUCUACGACGGGGACUCUGACAUGAAGUGGCUCCUGCCAGAGGGACCCGUUUCUACUGAGCAUGUGCGAGAGUUCUGCCAUUCCUUCUUGCGAGGGGAGUUGAAGGAUGUGAAGCAAGCUGGACCAGAAGGCAAAACAGAGCUAUAAGACUGAUACAAGUUGAAAAGUGAAUAAAAACAAACAGUC